UCAUGCUGCUGCCAGGUCCAGAGUCUCUCAUGGGUCCCUGUACGGCCUCCCAUUGCUGCUGUCUCCAUCGCCACACUCUGCCAUGUGCCACUUUCAGGUCUCCUCACACUGCUGGUGUGUUGAAUUUUUUGACAUAGGGUGCUGGCAGAUUACGGGCCUCCCAUAGCUGCUGCCAGGCCCCUAAUCUGCCAUGGGCCCCUAUAUACCGCCUCCUCAUGCUGCUGCCAGGUCCAGAGUCUCUCAUGGGUCCCUGUACGGCCUCCCAUUGCUGCUGUCUCCAUCGCCACACUCUGCCAUGUGCCACUUUCAGGUCUCCUCACACUGCUGGUGUGUUGAAUUUUUUGAC